AUGCAGCGCAUAAGACACAAAACAAAACAUAAGCCGUUUGGUUUCAGUCACCAUCUGUUUCAUUGUCUUAAGGAAAAUUUAGUGUUGAUUUAUCCGAAGAAGAAAGAAGAAUGUGAAGCCUCCAGGAAAUUCAAUUUCGGUUGCACUCCAUCAGACAUGACAGAUGAUGAAGUUCACUUAGUGAAUGGAAACUUCACAUCCAUUAUAAGUUUUCCAGAAUGA